CUACUGGACCGAGGCCUUUGCCAACCCUGACGCCGGCGACCACCAGGCCAGGCUGGCGCGCAUCACAGAAAUGGGCUUCGGCCGCGACGACGCGGAGAAGGCCCUUGCAGCCGCGGGCGGCGACGAGAACGCGGCGCUCGAGGCGCUGCUUGGGGGCAGCUAG